AUGCUGCGCUGGAAGCUUCGUGCACAGGACGAGCAGCAGUUUACGCCGGCGUCGGUCGCGGUUGUCACCGCUUGGCUUCGAAUUCGGGCUGCGCUCGACUCGUCUGCGAAGCGAGCCGGUCCACCGAAAUUUGGGGGGCUUUCUCUCUCCUCGCAGGGCUGCAUGGGGCCCGACAGCCACGCUGCAGCGCUGCUCGCUCGGCCCACUCCUACAGUCUCUGGUCAAAUUGGCCAGGGCAGCCCAAGACGUGCUGCAAUCUGCCGCCCUGAGAGCUCUGGAAGCGAUGUCCUAGCGCCGGCUUCCUGCCAGAUCGCUGCCAUCGGUUAUCGGGCUGCCUCGAUGGCCAUCGCUACAUCCAGCCACGGCGGGCUUCAAGCCGAUCUGCACACUCUUUUGUCCAUGCGCAGCGCACAUGCCACUCGCUCGCUUCCUUUGCCCCGUCCACGCCAGCAUGCUAUCCGCCACGCGAGCCUCAAAUGCAAAGCCGAUGUCGUGCGACUUGCUUCUACCACCUAUGAGUACGAGUUGCAAAUGCGCAUCAAGUUGCGAAGAUCCUUGUUCGGCAUCCGAGACACCGCUGGCGUCAAGCCCCCUCCUCGUCCCGCAUCGCCGCCCAAAUUUUCGGCGCGCGCGCGCCCCUACGCACGCGACCCUCCACGCACCUCAUCCCGGCUGCUGCUGCUGCUGCACUUUGAUCGCUUCGCCUUGGCCGACCGACCCGGCAGCGGCCCCCUCUGCCUAACCUAUUGUCCGCAGCAGCCCACUUCCAGAGCCACCUCUCCGACAAUCGCAUCUGCUCCAGAGCAACACCGCUGCGUUGUGCUGACCACUCGCUUCCAGGACCCGCAAGCAACAAGCUCGCCGAACCAGGAUUCGAGUCUUGCCGUCGCCGCCCUGUCGAUUUUCGCUGUCCCCCCAACCAGAUGCAUCCCGCAAGCGCCGGCACAAUACCUCGAGACCUCAAAGAUCAACUUUCGAGCCGCUCCAGAAUGCUGCGGAUCUCAUCAGGGGCACAAGGGCUUUGUGGAGCACAUUGAGACGCGUCUGCGAUUUUGCUCCACUUCUUUACGCGCCUCCUCGCCUGUCUCGGCAAGCUUCCGCUCCGCCGCCGCCGCCGCCGCGUCGCGAAACAAGCUUCUCCUCGCCGUCUCGCAACGCGCAAAGGCCGCAUCGCUUUCAAACACUCGACGUCUGCGCCUGGUCAUCAGCGACGACUUCAUCGUCGAGCGGAUAUCGCAUCCCUCGUCAACAGACAUCCUUCCAGACGCUGUGCGUCUAUCGUCGGGGCAUCCAGCCACAAUGCCGCCUGUCAAGCCCGAGGAACGCGACGAGUUCGACGAGCUCUUCGACCAUGCGGGCGACCUCACCUCGGACUCGGCCCCUAGCGACAACGAUGAAGAGUAUACCGGCAAUGCCUCUACAUCCCGCGCAGCUAGGAGGAAGAAGGGCUCUUCCAAGAUCCUCGAGUUAGGCCAUAUCCUCAAAGCCCCGCGCGCGGCUCAGUUCUCCACAAGCACGAUCUACAACAUGAUCAAAGAGGACAUCGUCGACCUCGAACCCGAAUACCAGCGAGGCGUAGUCUGGCCCGCGGACAAGCAGUCGGCGGUGAUUGAGUCAAUCAUGCGCCACUAUUACGUCCCGCCAAUCCUCCUCUCCGUGCAGAAGGAGGAGGAAGCCGGAGGCGACCUCACCUACGUCUGCAUCGACGGCAAGCAACGUGUGUCUUCGAUCUGCAACUUUCGAGACAACAAGAUCCCCGUCAGGGAGCCCUCCACCGGCCGCAAGUUCUGGUACAAGGAGGACCUCGAAACAGGCAAGACGCCCGCGCUCACGCCCGCACAGCGUCGCAAGUUCGACAAUGAGCAGCUCACCAUUGUCGAGUUUGACGACCUCUCGGAGGAGACCGAGCGCGACAUGUUCAGCCGUGUCCAGAUGGGUGUGACGCUCUCGUCGGCCGAGAAGCUCGGUGCGCAUCUGGGCGCCUGGCCGGACUUCAUCCGCCAGAUGGUCAAGCGCUUCAUCGACCCUACACCUUCGCUCAUUCACGACGAUGCGGGCAACACCAUGCUGCUGGUCAACCGCGGCAAGGACUAUCUCUUCAUGGCGCAGAUCGCUCUGCUCAUCCUCCACGCCAAGCAGUCGCAGUACGUGCCUUCGGCUCAUACCAUCGACACGUUCCUCAAGCAGAAUGCCGAUUCCAAGCCUUCGCCCAGCAUCCGUGCCAACAUGCAGCGCACGCUCGAGCGGUACGUGGCGCUGGCCAACCACGAGCGCUACGGCGCAUGCAUCAAGCCCGAGAUCAAGCUUAACCGUCUGGGUCGUCCCGUCUCCAAGCCGCUCUCGCCCGCCGAGUUUGUCUACAUUGCGUUCCUCAUCUACAAGUUCCCUGACGCGACUGUGUCGCAGCUCUUCCGACUCGUGCAGGGAUUGAAGCAGGAGGUGCGAUCCAAGUUCAAGGACGUGCUGUUCAACUCGAACGUGGCCAGCGUCAUGCGCCAGUACAUCAACCACGCCACUGCCACGCCGGAUGCAGAGUCGAUUGCGGCUUCGCAGGCGUCCGGUUCGAGCCCACGCAGACGUCCUCGUGACGCGGCGGCUGACGACGACGACGAUGCCGAUAUGCCACUGGCUUCCCGCCGCCGCCUCAAUGGAGGUCUCGACGUCAACCCUGACGCAGGCCUCUUCCGCGGCGUCAGCCAGGACUCGCCCUCCCGCAACCCUCUCAGCAACAUGUCGCCCGCUCCCGCCCGACACUAA